UUAUGUGUGCAAUGCACGAUGGGACUUCCUUUCUCUCCGAGGCCAUAUUGGAGUUACUUCACUGUUGGCCAGAUCGGACUAAACAGCAACAAUGGUGGCCGCAAAGAAAACGAAAAAGUCCCUUGAGUCCAUCAACUCCCGUCUCCAGUUGGUGAUGAAAAGUGGGAAGUACGUCUUGGGAUACAAACAGUCCCAGAAAAUGAUCCGCCAGGGCAAAGCGAAGCUGGUCAUCCUGGCCAACAACUGCCCUGCUCUAAGGAAAUCUGAGAUUGAGUACUACGCCAUGUUGGCCAAGACUGGUGUCCACCACUACAGUGGCAACAACAUUGAGCUUGGCACAGCCUGCGGCAAAUACUUCAGGGUGUGCACACUGGCCAUCAUUGACCCUGGUGAUUCAGACAUCAUCAGGAGUAUGCCAGAUCAGCAGCAGGGGGAGAAGUAGAGCGGACAUUCCUCAUGUUAUAAAUAAAGUUGGUCAAAUGUUA